AUGGUCGAGGCAACAGACCAUGUCGCCGAUCAGGUCGCCCAGCUCAACGCCGCGCGCACCCUCGUCCUCGGCGACGCCGCCCUAUACCCACAGAUCGUGAACGGUGUCCUCCCUAUCAUCGGGGCCCACGCGCGGGUCGAGCUGCGACGAUGGGGCGCCGAGUUCCUGGCCGAAGCCUUCGCCAGCCCCUUACUGUCUGCUGCGCAGAAGGAGCCGAUGGCGACGACUGUGUUGCAGACAAUUCGGGAGCUGAGCGAGGUGCCGGACCAGGAUGCUGCCGUGAUGAAGGGGUUGGUACAGGCUGUGGCCAGUUUGUAUCCGCCUCUCUUUAGACAUAUUGUCAAGCACCCGCAGGACAGCACGGCGUGGGAGGACAUGAAUGCAAUUAAGCACGAAAUCCUCCGCAGAAUGGACUCGUUUCCAUAUUCGAUCAAAAUUUCCUGCGUCAAGUUCUUGCAACGCGUCGUGCAGGUUCAGACACCAGGUCCAAUCGCGGAUCCAAGACGACCCGAACAAAAUGAGACAUCGCUGGCGAUUGUCCCUCGCAAUCACGCUCUGCUAUCGAUUCCGAACCUAGAGGCCGAAUCGUCAGGUCUGCUCGAUCGACUGCUAGGCGUUUUCCAAGAAGAAGCUAGUGACACGCUUCUUGUCAAUGCGACCUUGAACUGUCUUGCUUCCCUUAUUCGCGCGCGUCAGUCGAUCUCCAACAAAAUCAUCAAUGCAGUCCUGGAUUUCUAUCCAACACAGCACGUCCGUCCGCCAUAUACACCAACCGUGCGUGUCAAUGUCAAAUCGAUGGAGCGAACUGCACGAGCACUAAUCAUGAACGUUGUGAAGAGGAACCCAAAUCACCCUCUUACGGGUAGGAUGCAGAUGUACGUUGAACGUCUCAUGCAGUCUCGACUUGAGACGACAGACGAUGCUUCACGGAAGCGUGGAUUCCCCAGUGAACCGACCGACGGCCUUGAUAACGCCAAGCGGGUCCGUCUUGAUGCGAUGACUCCUCCCUUGCUCAAGAUUCCGCCGCUGCCUCCGGGCCCGCUCAGCUAUGCGCAGCUCUUCACUCUAACCGAGGAUGUUGGGCUGUCUUCCUUCGAUGUGAAGCAAAUCCCCGCCGACCUGGUUGUCAAGAUUGCAAUCCCUCUUCUUGCACACGUCAAUCCGUCGACACUUACGCAAGCAGUUGAUGCCAUCCGAGCACGCCUUCAACAAGUAACCAAGCAACAAAACCUGCAACGACAACAACAAGCAGCCAUCGGAGCAGACGAAGAUGACGACUACGAGCCCGAAUACCAACCUAUGGACGUAAACGACAACGUCUCCCAAGAAGCCAGCGCCGUCGCUGCAGAGGUAGCAGAGCUCCAACCGGACCUCGUCUCUCUCGGCCCCUUCGUCCUACCCCAACCACCCCCUCUAACGGAAGAAGAAGCCGGCGAAAUCGGCCGCAGCGCCGUCGCCCGAGUAUUCGGCAUGUUGAAUAUGUCCGAAACAUCACCGGCGAGCGCUAAGGGCAAGACACAACAGCUCGGUUUUGCGCGGCUGGCAGGUAGCACGUUCGACCGCGAUGCAUGGGUUGUGCUUCUCACCCGCCUCGCCACGCGCGCACCCGCCGGCUUAGAGGGAGACGACAGCAAAGCCAAGGGGGCCAGCUCGCGGCGCCAGACGGCCAUCUCAGACUCAAUUCGCGAAACGCUAUACAGGUAUAUCCUCGAGGACUUCCGCGCGCGGCUGAAUAUCGGAAUCACAUGGUUGAACGAGGAGUGGUACAAUGACCGCGUUCAAAUGAAGGCUGCUGCAGAGAGCCGGAACAAUGAGCAAGGAGAGGAAGAAGAAUCCCCGCCUACCGUGCCAUUGCACUAUGACACAUGGGUUAUCCGCCUCCUCGAUGGUAUUCUGCCGUAUCUCGAUUCAAGGGAUAUCAAGGUCCUCGUCCGGUUUCUCAGCGAGAUUCCCGACAUUACGAUCCCCGUCACGCAGCGCGUGGCUAGUCUAGCCCGGGAUCCAGAACGGGUUAAUCUUUGCGUUCAGGCAUUAAUGUACCUGGUGAUGUUCCGUCCUCCCGCGCGAGAAAUAUGUCUGAACACGCUCGAGGAUGUCUACCAAACUUACGAGGAAUCCCGCCCUGCUGCUGGGAAGGUUCUGACGAGGUGGCGACCGGAGAAGAUGCAGACUUUGACUGCGCAGUCGGCGGAGACUAAUGGUGAUGGUGCUGCUCCUGCUGCUGCGGCUCCCGCAUAG